UGAAGAGAACACCCAAUGAGAAGGCUUCUGUUAUGUCAUGCAGGAAGACUUGAAUGAACAGCCAGGUCUAGGAAGGGAUCAGAUGUGAGUUUGGUAUCUGAGUGCAUUGUCUGCUGUCAUUACACGUUGUCUGCUGUCACUACACGUCUCUGGCUGCACAUUGUAGAGCGAAUGCUCAUGUGAUGCACUCACUGGGUGAUGAGAUCAAAGGAUUCUCUAAAAACAGGCUCAAGAAACAAUGCACUCGUGUCACAACAUUAUCAGGAAAGAGAAUCAUAGAGACAUGGAAAGAUUCCCUGGUACAUGUUGUGGAUGACCCAGAGCAACGUGACGGACCAGCCUGUGGAUAUGUGCAGGACCUUAGCAUGGACCUGCAGGUGGGGGUCAUCAAGACCUGGCUAUUGUUGGGUUCACAAGAUAUUGCACAGGACCUGGCUGUACUAAAAAACUAUAAGGUUACCCAUAUUUUGAAUGUGGCCUAUGGUGUGGAAAAUGUAUUUCCAAAUGAAUUCACUUACAGGAAGCUUUCCAUCCUUGAUCUCCCUGAGACUGACAUCACUUCCUAUUUCCCGGAGUGCUUUGAUUUUAUAGAACAAACAAAAAAGGAGGAUGGAGUGGUGCUUGUCCACUGUAAUGCAGGCGUGUCUCGCGCUCCAGCAAUAAUUAUUGGUUAUUUGAUGUAUCACGAUAAACUGAAUUUUGCCAGAGCCUUUUCAAUUGUAAAAAAUGCCAGACCCGCAGCUUGCCCCAACCCUGGAUUUAUGGAACAGCUCCACAAGUAUCAAGACAUUAUAAGAAGACAGACAGAUAUACAUGAAAAGACAGACUGACAAAACUGUGUUUUCCGUCUCCUACUGCUUAUCCAUGGUUGCACUUCUUAUAGAAAGAGUUGAAUUCCAGGUGUCAAUUGAAAUGCAGUGUUUUAUUUAUCUGAACAUAAAAACUCCAAUAAGGCCUGAGUACUUUAUGUAACUUGCAGCAGUCAGUACCAUGUUAUAUUUAAAGUGAUACUAAACACACAGUUUAAUUUCCA